GCUAGUAACGUAUGUAAUUUCUUAACCUCCUCUUCUUCUAUGAGAGUUAACGAGAAUAGUGAAAAUAUGAGUUCGAGAUUAAUUAUGGUUGCUCUUAUCGGUGCUCUCGCUUGCGGAAUCAAUGGCGAUAGGAGUUAUAGUAGGAAACUGUUCGAAGGUGGCUUAGUGUUCCCUGAUGAUAACACAUAUUCCACUCAAAUUCCUACAACAGAUGCUGAUGGAUGCAUGGAUAACCCACUAGAGCUGUUAAACGAUGGCCAAGACGUUAAUUUGGUUUCUGCUAUUGAUCAAUCGAAUUCAAAUGGCUUUAAUUUUGUUCCGGUAAUUGAUCAAUCGGGAUUGAAUCACUUUGGUUGUUAAACGGUGGCCAAGAUGUUAAUUUGGAUCCUGCCAUUGAUAAAUCGAAUUCAUAUAGCUUUAAUUUUAUUCCAGUAGCUGAUCAAUUGAAUCCACAUGGCUUUGAACCACUUGGGUUGUUAAACGAUGGCCAAGACGUUAAUUUGCUCCCUGCGACUGAUCAAUCGAAUUCAGAUGGGUCUAAUUUUAUUCCAGUAAUUGACCAAUCGAAUCCAUAUGGCUUUGAGCCACUGGGGCUGUUAAACAGUGGUCAAGGCGUUAAUUUGGUUCCUGCUACUACUGAUCAAUCGAAUUCAGAUGGCUUUAAUUUUGGUUCCAUAACUGACCAACUGAAUCCAUACGGCUUUGAGACAUAGGAGUUGUUAAACAGUGGCCAAGGCAUUAAGUUGUUUCCUACCACUGAUCAAUCGAUUUUAGAUGGUUUUAAUUUUGUUCCGUUAACUUAUCAAUCGA